AUGAGCACGGCAACGCUUGCUCGCGCACCCGCGUCCUCCAAAGCCGACAUGACCACGGCGAAGCACCAGGAGAGUCACGCCAAUCCCAUGGAUAGUAAAGCCGAGGCCCUGGCCGCCGCGGCCACAGACCCCCUCGACCAAUCCAUCUCCGCGACCACAACCCCCAGCGCAACCCUGGCCGAGGCUGUUUUGUGCCCCGAGGCCAACAGCAAGGCCGUGGUCCCCGACAAGGCCGUCACGGGUGACCCCCUCAAAUGCCCGCGGAUAGAGGCGCUCAGCAUUGGUGGCACGGUGAGCGAAACCAGCAACAUCAGUAGCAGUCGCAGCUCGAGCUUUAAGCGUUCGGGCUCGAGCACGCGCAGUAGCGCCAAGCGCCAGCGAGCCACGGGGCUCUUGGGUCAGCCCACGGUCAGCCAGUGUCGGCUCGGCAAGAAACAACUCCAGGCCAUGUUCAAGGCCGAGCAGGCUUGGAUUCCCAAGGGCUACCGUCGCCAUCUCCGCCACCUCGGCGUGCCCGUGGCCCUGCGUCGCGAAAUUGUGCUCAAGAUGUGGCAAGUCUUGGCCCCCUUUGUUCAGGCCGGGGCCUCGAAGGAAGCCUUGCCUUUUGCCGUCAUGAUCCUUGACCGCUAUCUCAAUUCGCGGCGUUUGGCCGUCCCCAGCUCCAUGUUUAUCUGGAAGCUCUGUGGAGCUUGUCUUGUACUGGCCUCCAAGUACGCUGGCCGGGCCCCCCUGCAUCUAGCCUCGUUGGCCUUUUCCAUGUCCCUUGACGAAGCCAAGGGUGCACAGGACUUUAAGGUAAGCGCCUUGAGCGCCGCGCCGGCAUCUAGCUUCUUGAUGCCAGGAUCCCGCCCACCUGGCAGCCCAUCUGGCAGCGCUCACCUCUUUUGGUCUUUUCACGGUGUGCUUGCCCAGUUUUUGGAGCGCGAGUUGAUCUUGGCGCUCGACUGGGAUCUGCAUGCGCCCAGCCCCUAUGACUUUGUCGCGCUCUAUCUCAUGGUCGCCAUCAGCGACUUUCGGGAGACGAGCGUGCGGGACUAUGAAUUUGUUGACGUCAAUGACAUUGCGUGUGAGCUCUGCGACGUGGCCGUAUCCAGCUUGAACUGCGCCGAGGCCGGUCCAUCGGCUGUGGCCGCCAUCUGCACCUUCCUCGCCGUCUGCGGUGCUACUCUACCGCCGCAAACCGCAACCGUCUCUCUGCCUGCCCUCAUCUCGAGCCGCCGUCUUGACAUGUUUGGCAUUCGACCCAUGCUGAAAAACUCGGUCUUGGGCAAUGGUGCCGAGUUGGAUGUGCUCUUGGAUCACAUUUGCGAGACGGUGCUCACCGACGUGCAGUUUGACGAUGGUUUGGGCGCCGAUGCUGAGCCGUUGUCCGCGGCUUCUUCGAGCGCACCCACCCCCGUCAAGCGUGCUCCAAGCAUGGACUCACCCACCCCCGCCACACCCCAAUACAAGCAAUCAGAGCUGCGGCCCACGGCGCACCCAGCCUCUUCUCCGGGGCCCCCGCGUCGUAAGCCCCACUCGAUGGAGCUGAGUGACGCCAGUCCUGAGCCCAGCGACGAAGCAAGUCUGGAGAUGGCCCAUGAUGAUGCCCAACCAACCUCUGCUUCUCCAACGCGUUUUAGCUUUGUCAUGGCCGAUGAGGUGCAGGUUCAGGAUGUUGAGCUCGAGCAAACCGAGGAGUUUGCCACCGAGAUCCAGGAGGUCGACAUCAAGCUUUUCGGCAAGUGGUCCCUGGAUGUUGAGGUUGAGGACAUCUCCCUCGCGGAUUACAUCGCUGUGUCGGACAAGCACGCCAAGUUUGUGCCCCACACCGCUGGCCGCUAUGCUAAGCAGCGCUUCCGCAAGGCCCAGUGCCCCAUUGUCGAGCGCAUGAUCAACUCGCUCAUGAUGCACGGUCGCAACAACGGCAAGAAGCUGAUGACCACCCGCAUUGUGCGCCACACCCUCGAGAUCAUCCACCUCACCACUGGCGAGAACCCCGUCCAGAUUCUGGUGUCGGCUGUUGCCAACUCUGGUGCCCGUGAGGACUCGACCCGCAUUGGCCGCGCCGGCACUGUCCGCCGCCAGUCUUGCGAUGUGUCUCCCCUCCGCCGCGUCAACCAGGCUGUCUGGCUUUUGACCACUGGCGCUCGCCAGGCCGCUUUCCGCAACAUCAAGACCAUUGCCGAGUGCCUGGCCGAUGAGCUCAUCAACGCCGCCAAGGGCUCUUCCAACUCGUACGCCAUCAAGAAGAAGGACGAGCUGGAGCGUGUUGCCAAGUCUAACCGAUAAAUGCCACGCGUUUGUCGUCCGCGACUUUUUCUCUCGCGCACCCAGUUGAUCCUCAAAAGACC